AUGGUUUUUGGCGCUAUAGCGGGAUUGGGUGUGACGGCCUUGCCAGGUUCUGAUCAGGUCUUUGUAAAUUUAACUCUCUUCGUCACACUUCUCUGUGGAUGCAUUGUGAUUGGUCAUCUUCUUGAAGAAAGCCGAUGGAUUAACGAGUCCAUCACAGCUCUUGUUAUCGGUUUAUCUGCUGCAGGCAUCACUCGACUAACUACUAAUAGAAAGAGUCCUCAUCUUUUAGAAUUUGACGAACAGCUGUUCUUUGUUUAUGUUAUACCUGCCAUUAUAUUCAAUGCCGGUUUCCAGGUGAAAAUGAAGCACUUUUUCAGGAAUUUAGGGACCAUUGUGCUGUUUGGUGUCCUUGGCACAUUGAUAUCUUUCGGCGUCAUAUCAUUUGGUGCAUGGUUGUUACUCGGGAAGCUGGGCACUGGUCUGGAGUUAAGGGAUUAUCUUGCGAUUGGAGCUAUAUUUUCGGCAACAGACUCUGUUUGCACAUUGCAGGUGCUUGAUCAGGAUGAGACACCUCUUCUCUACAGCCUAGUCUUUGGAGAAGGUGUGGUAAAUGAUGCUACAUCAGUGGUGCUUUUUAACGCAAUCCAGAAAUUCGACCUCUCAAACAUCAACUCACGAGUGGCCUUAUCGCUUACUCUAACUUUUCUCUACCGAUUUGUGGGAAGCACUUUGCUCGGAGUAGUUGUUGGAUUGCUAAGUGCAUACAUAAUAAAAAAGAUAUACCUUGGGAGGAGGAAGUCAACCGAUCGUGAAGUUGCUCUCAUGAUUCUCAUGGCUUACCUUUCAUAUGUUAUGGCAGAACUGUUUGAUUUGAAUGGAAUUCUUACAGUAUUUGUCUGUGGGAUAGUCAUGUCACACUAUACCUGGCAUAAUGUGACCGAUAAUUCAAAAGUGACCACAAGGCAUGCUUUUGCAACAAUGUCAUUUAUUGCGGAGACUUUCAUUUUCCUUUAUGUUGGUAUGGAUGCCUUAGAUAUCGAGAAAUGGAGAUUCGCUAGCCACAGUCCUGGAAAAUCUGUUGCAGUGAGUGGUGUGCUGCUUGCUCUGGUUAUGGUUGGAAGAGCGUGCUUUGUGAUACCUUUGGCCAUUUUAUCAAAUUCUUGGAAGCAAUCUAAGGAUCACGAGCUCGGCUUCAAGCACCAGGUUACAAUAUGGUGGGCUGGUUUGAUGCGAGGAGCUGUUUCAAUGGCAUUGGCUUAUAACCAGUUUACAAGGUUUGGCCACACACAAUUGCCAGGAAAUGCAGUCAUGAUCACCAGCACUAUUACAAUUGUCCUCUUCAGUACUGUGGUGUUUGGGUUGAUAACAAAGCCUCUGAUAAGGUACUUGCUCCCUCCAUCAAAAGAUAUCAACAUGAGUACUACUUCUGAACUAUCCCUCGGACUCCCACUUCUCAACGGGCUAGAACAUGAAGGUGAUGUUCCUCGGACAAGCAGUUUGACAAUGUUAUUGAAAAGACCUGCACAAACCAUUAUUUACUUUUGGAGUAAGUUUGAUGAUGCUUUUAUGCGACGCGUGUUUGGAGGGAGGGACUCCAUGCCAGAUACACCAGUGUCUUCAAAUGAAGGAAGUGAUCACGGUUCACUAUUUGGAAGUAAUCCUAGCUUACGUCUCGUUUAG